GGUACCCUCUGUCAAGUUGAGGUCGCUACCAUGUACUAUAAGUUCAGUGGGCUGACACAGAAACUGGUCGGGGCUGUCCCAACGGAGGCCUAUAACCCCCAGGGACUAAGGCCCACGUUCACAGAAGCACCAGUAACGAUAUUUGCUACACCAACAAAGCUGGCCACAGAAUCCGCAGCAACUUCUUACCUGGGGGACAACAGAGUGCCAGAUCUGCAGAAACUUUUUCAGAAAAGUGAUGGCCUUCCCGUCCAUUUGAAACGAGGCCUUCCUGACCGUCUCCUGUACCGGACCACAAUGGCAUUGACACUAGGAGGGACUAUCUACUGCCUUAUUGCUCUCUACAUGGCCGCUCAGCCCAAAAACAAGAAGUAAUGUCUGCAGUGACACAGACUGUAAGACUUUACUCCUGCGCAUUGAACAUCAGCAGCAACACUUCUGUAUUUAUUUUUAUUCCAUGUAAUACAUUUUAUUUCAUUAGAUAAAGGAUUUCUAAUUGGCUCAGUGUGUUUCAUGAUUAUUUCAUGGCACCGCAGAACACAGAGGUCCUUUGUAUCCUCCAUGCUGAGAACAGGUGACAAUGUUUUACUUGAAGUUCCUGAUCAAGCACUUAACCGUAUGAACCUCCGCUGAGCAUUUUUCUUGAAUGAUUGCUUGCUUUCCCAAAAAACGUGGUAUUCCUAGCGAUAACUCGUACGGUUUUUCCUCAGGUAUCUUUAUCAUUCUCGGCAACAGUGAUUCUGUAGCAUUAUUGUUACAGGAGUGUGUUUAUUCGUAAAGCAUAUACGUGUCGAUCUAAUAUGGCAUUAAAAGAAAUGAAUGUACGUAAGUUGCAGUUAUUUCUAAUCAUUUGAGGCAAGACCAUUUCUAAUGAUAGAUUGAUAUGAGUCAGGCUUAGUGAAGAACUACAUUAGAGUCAGGCUUAGUAAAGAACUACAUUAGAAAUGCUACAUCUUAAGGCUCAUUUAAUGACCGCAGACGCAAAAAACGGAGAGGGAACAUAAUUUUUUUUUUUUGCAGUUUACUCCUGCCGUGCACAAGGACGACAUUGUUCCCCAUGAAUACAGACUGCAUUUGGCAACACUGUAUUCAUGAAGCACAGACAUAGGAUGCCUUUGAGACUCCCUAUGUCCUUCUCAACAAAUUGGUUCCCCCUAGUGAUUUUAAAUUACCUUUAUGCUUUAAAGGCACACUGGCCUUAAAAAUUCAGGGUGGUCUUUGCAGUGUAAUACCAAUGCAAAAUGUACAGGAAAUUUGCUGUAGAGAUUUUUGCAGGUCUUUACAGGUUGGCCUUUUAAAUUUAGAGCUUUGCUUUUGGUUCUCAUUUAUAUUGGCUGGGAGAAUGCUGCUGGGGAUCACAGAUAUAAGUUGUUUAAAGAUAUAUAGACAUAUUGUUGUUAAGUUUUUAGCUCCCCACAAACCUCACACUUUUGGAAAUCUCUAGGAAAUCUGGCAGAGUGCUUUCAUUCUUCUUAUGGGCUUUUCUCUGAAUGGCAGGGUUUGCAUUCUGUGCCCCCCACCUGUCCCAUUUUGCCCGCAGGCAAAGGUCAGAGCUGCAGUUCAAGAGAAUAAGGCACAGGAUUGUUUUAUGUCAGAAAUCAAGCUCUGUCAUUGGUCUACAUGUGUUUUUAUUAUUGUAAUGGUGCCAGUCUUUAAUAUGGGCCAUGCAGCAGAAAAGACUGGAUGUGUUUAUACCACAUGCCACUGUCGCACACAGACAUUUGUUGUACAGCUUAAACGGGUUGUGUUUUUGUUCUGUUUCAUGUUUCACUGAACCAAAAAUGCUGUCUUUAAAAGCCAUACCUCGUUUAUUUUUAUAAUGGAAUAAAUACAGAAAUAAAGUGCUAUUGAAUGCCUGGUGA